AUGGUUAACAGGAGGCUGACCUGGUUCCUCGUGACUAACAAUAUUCUUAGUAGUGAACAAGUACCAACUUUUCCCCAACACAUCAAAGCCGAAUUGGUACAGACAGUCACGGGCAUCAAGUGUCAUAGCCGAAUUGACUACGUAUCGGACAGUCCACACAAUGAAGGCCUUAAUCAGGAGAGAAUUCAUGUGUGCAACGAAAUUAAAGCUCGAAUUCCAGACCUCAAGGUUCAACGAACUCAAAGCUCGAACAACAGAGAAACAGUGGACAGUGGCACUCUCCGACAUAGCCGACUACGAGAAUCGAAGCCGUUGCUGAGUUUAGACUACGUAUCGGACAGAGCCGGUUUAUACUACGUACCGGACACGAUUGCCUGGCAAAACACUCAGCCAGCAUGGCCCCUAUGUAACCUACAGGAGGAAAUGGAGAAGUCCCACCUGAUUCGGUGUCCAGCCCUAAAGACAACGACGGAAACCCAGAGAUACUGA